AUGAGCGGUCGCUCCGCCUUAGUCCAUUCCCAACCGCCUCUGGAUGUCGGCUCAGCGGCCAAAGUCACGCCAGACGUUUCGCGCAUCGUCAACUUCAUACGAAAGCUCGAUCGACUGUUUCGCGCCAGCCGCCUUACCACUCGCUCGUGGACACGAGUGUCACUUAUCAGCAACCUGAAACUGCUGAAAGAGCCCAAGUACAUGUCACACCCCGCACUUCGCGAUGCCGACGUUCUCGAGAAGGUGUACGAGGAGUCGAGAAUUCUUGACCUGUAUCAUGCCAUGCUCGUUGAGGAUGGCUUUUUCAGCGAAUCAGAGGGCUAUAUUGCACACGUGUUUUCAGAAAUUGGUGCGAUAGGAGCAACCAUUGCGGGCUAUCAAUACCAGAGAUUGGCCGAUCGUAUGGUAUACCACGCCUCGUCAAUGUGGAAGCAUCUCUGGACUCACCGACGUGCUCUCCUCAACAACCGCGCCCUCGACUCCACACCCAUCAAACUGGACAAAUUACCACCCGAGACCAUCAUCACCUAUCCAGCCGACUUGCCUGAGACAUUCAACCUCAACUCCAAGUCGCAAGAGCUGCAAUCAGGCUCAUCCGAUCGCCUCUAUCUCAUCAUGCUCAUGUAUGGUUGGGCCGGUUUAUACAAGAUGAGACCAGAUGCCGCGGUGUCCCCGUACCACCGACACUUGACACUUUACUACUGGAUCUGUAUGACAAAUCACGUCGACAUCUCGACACCUCAAGGAGAUACACUACGGCCCGUCCUAACAUGCCUGCAAAACAUCAAGGAGGAUUCUACGAAAGACGCACUCGUACGAGAAGUCUUUGCCAGUGGCACCGGUAUCGACCCAGCUGCCUUCUGCAUCCGCAUCAACCAGCAUGCUAGCAGAGUCGCUGUGACCCUCAACGUGCGCACACCGCCCGGAGAGGACCAGACCGGUCUGGAGAUGCUGUUUGCUUUACAGGACCUAGCUUGCCAUCCUUUGAUAUUCCCGUCUGUGGCGAAGUACGCCUGCCAUGAAGCAAGUGUGCGUAUGACUUCGCAGGUACUGCGCAGUGGGAUUGUCUCCGACCCGUAUACGGAGUUCUUGUUGUGGUAUACUAGCCACAUGCUGUCUCAGAGAAUCAUGGCAUACGUACAUCGCACAAAGUCGCAGAAUGACUCGGACACUAUGCGUACCUUGACAAGCUUCUUUCGUGGUGAAGAUCUUAUAGAGGAGCUCGCUCGGGGUAUUGAUCUGCUGGCGAGGCGCGGUACCGACCUUGGUCCGAACUAUCACUCCUAUCCUCGUGAAUCUCAACUUCCAUCUGCGCUCACUGGUCGCAUAAAGAGCGUCCAGGAACUAGUCGUCCUCACUCGAUUCAAUGCACACGCCGGGCGUCCGUUCUUAGAGUCUAUGAAGCACGGCGCACACCAAGCAUGGUGGCCCACGCUGCGCAACAUACAGAAGGCGGCGUAUCUAGCACCUGAGGCCACGGAUCGUGCAGUGAACAUGGACAUCUCGCGACAGUGGUCGCAAGUUGGCGCGGCAUUGGGAUUGAGCGAAGAAAAGGAGCGCAAGCGCCACGAACGUGAGGCCUCACGUCGCUGUGCAUGGGCGGGAUGUGGCUUGCACUGGUCGACGCCGGAUGUGUCGAUCAAACUCAAGACUUGCAGAGGCUGCGGCGAGGUUAGCUACUGUGGGCGGGGAUGUCAGAAAACCGAUUGGAAUCAAGGCAGGCACAAGGAUAAGUGUCGAAACCGUUUGAAGUCGUAG